GGGACAGAAACGAAACUUGUCAGAGCACUUGCGGCAACAGACCCCAGACGUAGGCGAGUCGGCCCGAUAGUUGCUACAAUGAAGUUGAGUUAGCCUGAGCUUACUCAGGGAGCUCUGUGCGGGGAAUGCCGCUCCCGCGACCGUGGAGCCUGAGCGGGCAGCGCGCAGCGCUCGCAAAACGCGCAGCCGAGCAGCACUGGCUGUUUGACUUUGAGUCACAUCGGUGCUUGGAGCUCGCCAAUGAGGAGCUCGACCAGAAUGGCUCGCUUCUUGAGCGUCGGCACUGCACGGUGCACAUGGUCCAGCCGCAUUCGCUCGAGGAAGGCGUGCGCCGGCCCACCGCCGACCGCUUUCCUUGCGUGGUGUGUACCCGGAUGGCUAAGCCAGACGCUCCCACGCUGGCAGACGCGAGCCUGGGGCCGGACGGUGCUGUGCGGGUCGUGGAGCAGUCCCUGAACGAAGUCCGGCAACGGCGCUGGUACGUCACGAAGACCUGGUGCCGCGACGUCCGGCGGGCGGCGGGCGUGCCGCCGCUGCCUCUGGGCUCGGACCACUACCUGUGCGAGGAGCACCUGGAGGAGCACCUGGCGUGGAAGCAGUACCUGCGCCUGCCCAUCAAGGUGCGGGACUGGCUGCACCGCGGCGCCUGCCUGCAUUGCGCCUUCGAGUGCGCCGGCGAGUCGUCGCCGCUGGCCGCUGGAGCCAUGCCGCUGCCGCUGCCGCCGCGGCUGUCGGCUGCGCAGGCGGAUGAGCUGCAGCCCGCGCUGGAGCCCAUGGUGGAGGCACUGCUGUACCCGGCCGGAGUCAGCGAGCAGGAGCUGGCGGCUGCUGCGGCCGGCAAUGAGGUGCCAGUGGUGCGGGACGUGACGGAGGACAGCGCCGACAAGGGCGGGCUGCCGGGACUGGUCAGCCUGCCGCUGCGGGGACGGAACUGGUGCAAGAUGUGCGGCGGCAACCCGGCCGUGUAUCUGUACAAGUCCCGGCUAAACCUGGCGUCAGAGUAUGUGUUGUGCCCGCCCUGCUUCGUGCAGCUGCGGGAACAGCACAAGCAGGGCGGGCCAAAGGUGCAGAACAAGCAGACAGGCAAGCAGCCGGCGAAGCAGCGGGUAAUGGAGCAGGGUCGGCAGAAGGGAGGUGCAGGUGAUGGUGACUCGGACUCGGGCACAAGCGAGGAUGAGGACGAGGACGACGACCAGGUGGGGAUCGACCCUACGGACAUGCGGCUGUGCUGCUGCCUGCGGCCGGAGCAGCUGCUGCGGCUGCAGCUAUUAGUGCCGCGGCCCAGCGAACGGCUUGCCGGCGCCGUCACAAUGGCAGCGGCUGCGGCCGGUUUGGGCGCAGCAAGCCCACCGGCGGCACUGGGUCCCGCUCAGGCGGGGCCCAGCAAGCCGCUGGGGCAGCCGCAGAUGGAGCUGGCGGCGGUGGCGGUGCCGGUCGUGCACAUCAGUGCAGGACCGGUGACGGCCGCUGGCCCUCGGCGCCCUCAGCAGCAGCAGCCGUACCACCAGGAAAUAGGGCCGCAACCCACUAAGCCGCAACAGCAGCAGCAGCAGCCCAGGCGGGUAUCCCCAGAGGCGGCGGUGCUGCGGCCGCAGCAGCACUCGGACGUACGGGCGGCCGUGCCAAGCCUGGGGAUACAGCGAAUGCAGCAGCAGGUGUCGGUGGGUGCAGGGUCCGCUGCGGCUGCCUUGGCUGCUGCUGUUGCGAACGGCGUAGGAGGGAUGGUAGCACAGAUGCAGCCACAGCCACAGCAGGGUAUUUCCUUGUCCCCCCGGCAGACGUCGCCACAGCCGGUGCGCAGUGCGGUGGGGCAGCCGGCGUCGCAUGCGCAAGAGCUGUUCCAGCGCAUCAUAGGCCAGUGCAAUGGAGGCGCGGCCGUGGCAACAGCUAACGGCUGGAACGCUGGUGUGCAAGCAGCGGGUAUUGGAGCCAGCGGGAGUUGUCCAGUCCAGGGAUCAAACGCCUGGAGUGCUGCGGUUCUGCCCCAGCACGCGCCGCACACGCAGAACGUAACAUGGCAACAACUGCAGCUGUUGCAGCGCUCUGGGGCGUUCGUACCAGCGGCGACGGCUGCGGCAGCAGUGGCUCCGCUGCCGGGCAUGCUCGCACAUAGUGCUGCAGCGGCCGUGCACGGUGGAGCCACGCCCCUGACUUGCUCAUUCCCGCUCGCCGAGCCCGCAGUCCCCCCAGCUGUUCGCAGCACAGACCCAGCCUCCGCGGCCACGCCUGCACGCGCCACCGCCGCGACCGCAGCGACGACCGCCACAGCCUCGCCAGUGCAGCCAACUCCCGCCGCCGCUGCUUCCCCUGCCACUGCCGCCGCAACCACCCCAGCCAGGCUGCCGCUGUUCCCCUGCGUCUCGGCACCGGAGCUUGCGUCCGCCUUGUACAACACGCGCAUCGCGCUGCCGGGGCGGCACGCGGCGGAGGUGCUGGGGCUACCGCCGCCGCCGGCACCUUACGACCCCGCUCCCAAGAGCCAAGGCAGGGACUGGAUGGAGUACUCGGCGCGCUGUGCGAGUGUGGACUACUUCGGCGGCGCGCUGCAGCGGUGCGCGCCGCAUGUCAACAAGGCAGGCGAGCGGCUGGUGGAGGAGGACUACGCCUACCUGGUGCGUAAGGACCUGCUGGCCCGCCUGCCGCCCGACCGCCGCCAGCAGCUGGUGGAGCUGUGCCGUGACCACAACGGCCGCGGCGGCCCGGUCCUGUUCUCCGGUGCCAUGGGCUGCCUGCAGCAGGGCGGCGAGGGGCUGUUGGAUGACGUCAUGGCCGCCAUGGCCCGGUGCGAGGAGCGGAUCGUGGAGACACAGCCCACAGCGGCCGCCGCGGCUGCGGCGGAGCAGCGGCGGCGGUGGAAGGAAGAAGCAGGGCACGCGGCCGCGGCUGCGCAGGAGGAGGGCGGGGAGGGCGUCACGGUGGAGGAUGCUAGAGCAGCGGCAGGGGCAGCGGCAGGGCAGGGCACGGGCUUGGGUGGCGGCGGAGGCCCUAAGAAGAGGCAGCAACAGGUGCGGGACGGAGACACGGCUCCGGUGUCGGGGCCCUUUCCCUGGACAAUGGGUGGCUAUGAGUGGACCAGCCGCCCCGAGCCAAUGGGGCCGCCGCCGUCGAUGCAGCCGCUGCCUACCCCCGCACACCAACACCAUCGGUACCCUCACCAACAGCCAGCGCUUAAUGGCUACCACACCGGGCCCCACAGCCCAUCCGGCCCCAGCGGCGCCUACGCCAUCGGUGGCUCUGCGCACGCCAGCCCCACUGCCCCGAGCGGCAGCAGCAACGGCGGCGGGAUACUGCAGCCGCCUCAGCCGCCGGAGGUGGUCCAGCAGCGGGACCACAUGUACGGACCUGUGCAGCUCUGCUGUUUCGACAUGGCGCACCGCUACGAGUUUGGCCUGGAGACCACGCCCGUGUCGGCAGCCUUCAAGCCCUUCCCGCGCACCAACCCGCCCAGUGGCGAGGAGGUGGACCACGCCUAUCCCGUCACGCCGCCGCAGCUGCUGCGGUACAUGCGGGCCAUGCUGGACAAGUAUGGCGUGCCUGGUGAUGAGCGCGUGCGGAACGUGCGGAGUCAGUGCGAGAAGCUGCGGCCGCCGCGGCCGAGCGGGCCGUCCCUUGACAGCGGCCAUGAGGCUCGGCUGUCUCAGGCGGCCGCCGCGGUGGCGCUGGCCGCGCUGGAUCGGCAGUGGCCCUUGAACAAGGCUUCGACAGAGGGCGGUGGUGGUUGCGGUGGCGGCGCCGGGAAGGCACGGCAGCAACGGCAGCAGCAGCAGCAGCAGCAGCAGCAGCAGCAGCAGCAGCAGCAGCAGCAGGACCAGCAGCAGCCACCGGAGGACAAGGCAGCACUACUGGCUCGUGCCCGAGACUAUAGCGUGUCUUCCGGACAGGCGGGUGCGCUGCUCGCCAGGAUGGAUGCGGAGGUGCUAAAGCAGCAGCAGCAGCUAGGCAGGCGGGCAGCGGCAGGAGGCAGUGCAAUGCCAGGGGCGGCUGCGAACGGGUCUGGCGGCGCCACCGGCGCUGUUGGGCUGGGCAAGCGGCCGGCGGACGUGGCUGCCCUUGCGGCACGCGAGGGUGGCGCAAAGCGGGGCCCAGGCGCUUGGGGCGCCGGCCCCGCUGCUAUUGGUGAUGACGAUGGCGAGGAGGAGGAGUGGGAGGAGGGCGAGGGGGACGAGGACCUGGCCGAUGUGCCGCUGGACGACCGAGUGCCUGUGGGGCUCAAGGUGCCGGUGUACCCGCUGACGGCGGAUGACACAUUGUUCAUGACCAGCAGCGAGCUCAUGCGACUGGCACACAGGAUGCUGGUCACGCACGGGCCGCCCUGGCUGCGGGAGGUGCUGUACGAGCGCCACAACGACGCCCUGGACUUCGGCACAUGCAGGCCUGCAGACGGCGGCCUGGGCGUGUUCGGCCACUUCUCCAACAUCCUGCUGCGGCCCAUGCUGGCGCUGGACUUAGCCACCAGCACGCACCUGGACCGCAGCCAGCCCGCCACGCUUAUGUGCUUCGCUGCGCCCUUCGCCGUGCCGGCCGACAUCGACGCCGCGCUGCAUGUGAUGCCGCGCGGCAUGUACAGCGACCGCAAGAACGCGGUGUGGCUGCAGGCCCGCAACCUCCGGGAUCAGUGGCGGCUGCAGCACCCGACGGCAGCUGCCCGCAGGGAUGCCGCGGCAGCUGGCGGCGCCGGUGCUGCCAACGGCACACCCGCAGCAGCCGCUUCGUCCGCCUCGAGCACCCUGGGUGGUGGCAGCGUGCAGCCCGUGUUGAAUAGCCCAAGUGGAGAUGCAGACCCUUCACGCGUAGCGCGCCGCGGCAGUGUGUGGGUCAUCAUACCCGGCUGCCGCCUGCACCAGCUGGCCAACGCGUGUAGCAAGGCCGCCAAGAAGCCUUGGCCGCGCAAUCACAAUGCCUUCUUUUCUGUCAGGUAUGGCCGUGACCUGCACACGCUGGUGAACCUCUGCUGGAAGCACGGCGUGCCCUUCCACGCCGUCUGGCACUGCGAGGGCGACCUGCUGCUGCCCGGCAUGGCGGCGGUGCACUCGGUGAUGCCGCUGCACUGCGCCUCCAUGAAGAUCAGCCAGGACUUCCUGAUCCCCAGCGGCCCUGCGCUGCGGCUGCUGUGGGAGAUCGACGCGUUGCGGCAGGAGCACCACCUGGGCUGGGCGCAGCGCCGAGCCAAGGAGCUCAAGCAACCGCAGCCGCCCCGAGCACUGGCCACCAUGACACCGGCCGCCGCGGCCGCGGCCGCCGCUGCAGCCGCGGCGGCUGCGGCCAACGUGGUACAGGCGCGGGGGCGUGACCGGAAUAAGGAGCGCAACCGGGCCUUGGCUGAGGGCGGGCAGGGCCAGGAGGGGCUGCCAACGGCCGGCGCAGCGCUAGGUGGGGCUGCGGGGCGAGGGGAGGAGGAGCCCCCAGUGGUGGCGCACGACGCGGCUCCCGGGGCGGUGCCCGGAGUGUCAGACGGCGCUGUGGCUGGCGCUGCUGCAGGUGGAGAGGCGGGCGGUGCGGCUCCGCCACAGCCUGAUGAGGCAGUCCUGGCGGCAGCGCGGGCGCUGGCGGCGCAGCCUCUGGACCCUAGCAAGCUGAGCUGGGGCGCGCGAAAGGGCCGCAGCAGUCGGCAACAAGGCAGCCCAAGCCACAGCUCCGGGUCUACGGCAGGUGGCUCCGCCGGGAGCGGAAGCAAAGGCGGCGACGGGGCGGGCUGGAAUACCGCGGGUGCGGCGGCGCUGCUGCGGCAGCCGGAGUGUAUCGCGUCCGCCCAGGCGCUGCCGGCAGACGGCAAUUUGGAUGGCAUGGGUGUGUGCGGGGAGACGGCCGUGGGCGCAGUGAGCGUCUUGGCGUCUGGGGCCGCUGGCGUCCCGCCUGCGGAGGUGGGAGCGGUGGUGGUGCCUGAGGCUGAGGCCACCAGCACUGCCAGCGGGGCGGAGAUGGCGCCGACCGAGCCAGCCUUGGUGCCCCAGGCAGUCAAUGCACAGCCGGGAGCGGAGGCGCCGACGGUCCUCUGCGGCGCAGGAGCAACUGAGUCCCGGCCGCAGCGCAGCGCUCACGAGGACGGUGCAGUACAGGCGGAGGGCGAUGUGGCACACGCGCAGCCGGAUGGGGCCGCCAGCGGGGCGCACGUGGAACCAGCGGCUCCUGCGGCCGCCGAGACGCCGCCUUGUGCACGCACGGCUGGUGCUGCGAGCGCUGCCGCGGCGGGGGCACAGCUUGUAGUAGCCGCAACUGCGCCUUCCGCAGCCGCCAUUGCCGCGGUUGCCGGGUCCUGGGCGCCGUGUCUGGCCCACUCCACCAGCGAGAUGCCAGCCACCGAGGUCUUGUCCGACGGCGCAGGCGAGGCCGAGGGCGUGUCAGGCGGAGAGGUAUCCAGCGCUGGCGUCAAGGCCGGCGCCGCAAGCCGGGCCACUGCAGGUGCAGCCGGCUCCUGCGCCCCGGCCGGCGGGGGUGCAGGCGUACGCUCGGGUGCUGCAGCCACCGCGGCCACGACAGCGGCUGGUGUGGGCUUGAUGUCUGCGCGGCAGCCCAGCUGCUGCAGCAGUCAGCGCGACUCGGAGGCGCCCAGCUCGUGUGCCGACGGCGAGGGGCUGGAACUGUGCCUGCUGCAGGAUGGGGUGGCUGUGGGGCCAGUCCCUGCGCCGCACGUGGAGCAGGUGGUCCUGUCAGAGGAGGAAGAGGGGGAGAGGAGGGGCGGCGAGCACGUGCAGGUGCAGGUGGCGGCGGCGGCGUCGGAGCCGGCGACCCACGCACAGGUGCUGGCUGAGCAGGAGCACGAGCAGCCACAACUGCAGGAGGCGACUGCUGAGGUGCCCAAGGAGCAGGAGCUACAGGAGCAGGAGCAGGCGCCGGCUUUUCAGCCUGAAGCUGAAGUAGCACAGGCGACUGUGGCGGCGGCAGCCGAGGCGGCGGUAGCUGAGGCGGCGACAGCUGAAGCGGCGACGCUGCAGCAGCCGCAGGAGGCGGGGCCAAGUUUUCUUGCGCAGCUGCAGGAGCAAGCGCCUGGGCCUAGCGUGCCACCUGUAGCAGCGUCUUCUGAGCCGCCCGCCGCGUCAGGUCCCGGCCUAGCGCCGGCCCCGUGCUCGUGCGGACGUGCGGAAUGCGACGGGACUGGGACAGCAGGGCAUGCAGUCGAAGCGUCUCUCGAGGCCCGGGCUGAGGCCGGGCAUGAGCGAGAGGUUGCGGACAUGCCGCAUGCGGACUCCCCUGCCACGACGGCCCGGCUUGCCUCCACCACCUAUGACGCGACCAUCAUGCAGCAGCUGCUUGGAGUCUACAAUGACGUCGACGAGGACGCGCAGGAUGAGGGGCAGUCACAGGAGCGGCCCCAAGCUGAGGCGCAGGAAGCGGCUGUACAGCAGCAUGUGGCGGCGGCACUUAGCCCCGAUGUGCAGCCGGAGCAGAUGCCAGAGCUGGAGGCCGCAGCACUACUGGGCGGGGAGCCUGCUUCUGCUCCGGUCUCGCAGCACCCGCGUCUUGGGCAAACGCAGGAGGGGGCUGGUGUGACGCACCCGAGCGCCCAGUGUGGUGAGCAAGGAGGGGUAGCCUGCCCACAGGGAGCCCAGGCGGCGGCGCCGCAGGCGGCGGCGCUGGCCACCACGGCACCGCACCCGGUGACAGAAGGGCGAGCUUCCCUGGCCGACGUGGCCGCGGCUGCAGGUGAUGCCGCGCUUGACACCGUUUAUGCCGUCAGGGCUUCUGAGCAGGCAGAGGGGGCCAGCGGGUGGCCUGCUGCCGCGGCCCCAAGCGGCUCUGCGGAGCAGUCGGAUGGCAGCCUCGCUGAGGACGAAGAGGAGCAGGCGUCGCCAGCAGCUGAGGUUCCGGAUCUGGGAUCUGUGCGUGCCGCAUCCGCCGCCGCUGUCGAGGCCGCUCACAAGCCAACGCGUGUCGCCGUGGCCGUGGUGAGUGCGAAUGAAGCCGCGGCACCUCCAACACUGCGCAGCUCCUCGCCUGCGCCAGCUGGGCAGUUGGCGCUGCUGCCGGCGCCGCCAUGCGCAACCCUACAGCUGACGGCUUCGCCACCGAGCAGUCUGCACGCAUCUCCUGCAGCGCAGCAAUGCCCGGAGCAGAUGCAGGGGCAGCAACCGUUGCAGUGUGGGUCCAUGGUGCUCGCGUCAUCCCACAGCCUUCCUGAGAUCACAGGUGACCUGAUGUACGUUGCGCAUUUGAAGUCUCGUUUGGACGCCGUGGUCCCGCCAUCAGCGGCGAGGAUCGAGUGCGGCGGCUCCGCAGCAGAGACGGUCGCUCAGGGCUCCGCACCUCUUCUGCUGCCUGCCGUGGCAGCGGCAGCGGUGGAUGCGGCGGCGCUGGCACCCGACAGCUCGGACCUACUCGCCAUCCCAGCUCCUCCCACAGAUGCGGCUGCAGCUGCUGCAGCGCCUGCAAUGCAGCCGAACGGCGCGGAGCUGCAGCUGCAGGUGCACCAGCACCCCGCCGGCGCUCUUUUUGUGUAUUCGGGCCCCGAGCAGCGUAUAGCUCUUCCGCCCAGCCUGAGCGGCCUGCCGCUGACUGCACCGGAACCACAUGUUAUUGCGCUGAUGCAGAGGACGCUGUCAGAGUCCUCGGGGGGCUGCGAUACCGUGAAGGAUAUGGCGUACUUGGCAGCUUGUGCCACCAAGCAUGCGGCACUCGCCGCGCCUGGACCUGUGGAGCUGACUGAACCGGGCACAUACACCGCCGCCGCCGCUUUAGGUGCCACUGGUGCCUCGUACGGCCCUGCAACCCUACCGCCCGGUGGCGAUGCGCCCAUGGUGCUGCUGCCGCUGUCGCCAUUGUCACAGCACCGGCAGCCUGAGCGGGCCUCCGGCAGCACCUGGUCUACGGCCCUCAGCAUGCGGCCGUCAAGCGAGGAGUGGGAUAGGGAAUACAAGUCGGUUGCGCCCAGCGGCUCACACGUGCGGGUACUGCCGCAGGACGACCCCUCCGCGACCGUCGCGGAGCGCCGGCCGCCACCUGGGCGCGCGGGCGACUUCACGGCCGACGUCUUGCCGCCGCGGCGCGUUACACGCGGCCAGCAGCAGCAGCAGCGGGGCAAGCUUAAGGAGCCGGCGCUGCAGCACAAGGGAUUAAGUGUGCAAGGCAAGGGCAGGGGCCGCGCGGCAGCUGUGCCUCAUCGGGCGCUUGCAGGCGAGGGCGGUGGUGACCCGAUGGAGGCGGAGGCGGAGGAGCAGUCAGCCCCAGAGGAGGAGGAGGAGGAGGAUGUGCCGCUGAAUCAACUGCUGGCGCUGCAACAGCGGCGUGGCUCGCAGCCACCAUCUACACUGCAGCAGCAGCAACCGCAGCAACGGCCCCAGCAGUCCAGCCCGCACCAGCCGCUGGUGAAGAAAUUAAGCAAGGGCGGCGUGGCCGCGGCUGGAGCUGGAGCUGGAGCUGGAGCUGGAGCGGGGCCUAACCAAGCAGGCGCUGUGGGGCCCAAGGUUAUGGGCGGCGUGGGUUCGCUGCCCGGUGGGGCCAAGCGCGCACAGGCUGGCACGGGGGGACCCGCAAAGAAGGCCCGCGCGAGCGGCGCUGCCGCUGCGCGCGGAGCCACAGGUGUGGUGGGCGCGCACUCGCCAGAGAACGACGGCAACGCAGCUACAGCGCCGCUCAGGCCCGGUGGCAGGCGUACCCUGAAGGAGUCAGGGGCUGCCGCCAUGGGCUCGGCAAUGGAGGCGGGCGGCAUGGGCGGUGGCGGCGGUGGUAGCGGCGAUAUCCUGUCAGCCCUCAGCAACUCGAGAGACGCGUUCAUGACCCAGAGCGUGGUGGUGGGUCUGGCUCUUGCGGUGUCGUACACGCGCUGCCACCAGGAGCUCCUGCGGAUGCGCAGCGCUGUGCUGGCAGCGGUGGAAGCAGGACAUUAGGUGGCCAAAGGGUGCAGGCCCAUGAUACCGGUAUAAGGAUAGAAUAUCACGAUGGAACAUCUCGUGGAGGUAAACGAAUUAGCGCACUGCGGUGACUCUUCUUCGGGUGUCUCAAAGAAGACAUUGAUACUUUCUUUUGGCUGUGCACCGCAUGACAUAAUAACUGAUGUUACGCUUCAAACUUCGAAUGUCCACGAACAGGCUGUUGGGUAAUGAUACGGUGCGGUCUCUUUGGACUGUUUGUGGCUACCGUACCCUGUUGAAGGGCAACGUUUCGGAAGCGGGCUGUCUGUAGUUAUUUCAGGGUUAGCGUAUGACAGGGGUGCGUGUACCGUGCGGAGGGAGGCGCGGCUGCUUCAAAGUAAUCAGAGCGAUGGCAGCCAAGGGUGGGCCUGUGGUGUUUGGGACUAUGGGCGGUGAUGGUGGCACGCAUAUUGCUCUUGAGCAGAAGAGUUGUUUUACUUGUGGCUUUGUGACCCAUCUGGGUUAAAAGUCCUAAUGGCCUCACCAAGGGCCGAUCUCCUUAAUGCGACAAGCCGACAUGUUGCUUGCAAGCGCAGGGCUAGCGCUGGUGUAGCGAAGGUCCCCAUUUGCAUGCAACUGGAAACGUGCAGCCCUGUGCAGCAGUGCGCUGGCAAGGGACAUGACAAGUAAGGUGGUUUUCCCUCGCAAGGGCAAAGUGGGCUGAGCCCACGCCACGUCUCCAUUCUGAGGCUGCAAGCGUCUACCUCACCUCUCGGCAUAGCCGGGUCGGUUUGUACAGGCACUGCCCACCAUGUGUCCAGCUA